GAAGACACGUCGCUCAAAGUCCCGCUCUCCCUCUACCUUCUCAACGCCUCCGUCAUCUGCGCCUUCUUCACCCUCCUCUGCUACCUCCUCUCCCGCUGGCACGAUAAGAUGCGCUCCUCCUCCCCCUUCCAUGUCCUCUCUACCCUCGAGCUUGCUGCCUUCGUCGCCUUCGCCGCCUCCUUCGUCUACCUCCUCAUCUUCUUCGGGGUCGAGUUCUUCCGAUCCCUCCUCCUUCGGCCCUCCUCCGACCUCUGGGCCGACGACUGCGAGGACGAGAAGGUGGUCUCGGUCGUUGCCGAGGGGUUUUUGCAGAAGGCCCCCUGCGGCCAGGCCCUUGAUGGCGAGACCCCUAAGUUGGAUUUCGACCCUGUUAAGCCCGCUGCUCCCAAGGCAAAGCCGGUUGAGACCGAGAAAUGGGAUGAGCAAAUCGAUCUGAGUGAAGAGGACGAGGAGGUGAUCGCCUCGGUGGUGGCGGGGACAACUCCGUCGUACUCGCUGGAGUCAAAGCUUGGGGACUGCAGGAGGGCUGCCGCAGUCCGCCGUGAGGCACUGCAGAGGAUGACUGGGAAGUCGCUUGCUGGAUUGCCACUGGAAGGGUUCGACUAUGAGUCGAUCCUCGGGCAGUGCUGCGAGAUGCCGGUUGGGUACGUGCAGAUUCCUGUGGGGAUCGCAGGGCCACUGGAGCUUGACGGGCGGGAGUACUCGGUGCCGAUGGCCACGACUGAAGGGUGCCUGGUCGCAAGCACCAACCGGGGCUGUAAGGCCAUCGCGAUGUCUGGUGGCGCAAACAGCAUCCUCCUGAGGGAUGGAAUGACGAGGGCGCCCGUUGUGCGCUUCGGGUUGGCGAAGAGGGCUGCAGAGCUGAAAUUUUACCUGGAGAGCCCUGCAAAUUUCGAAGCCCUGUCCUCUGUAUUCAACAGUUCUAGCCGAUUCGCCCGGCUUCAGAGCAUCAAGGGCGCAAUCGCUGGCAAAAACCUCUACCUAAGGUUCUCGUGCAGCACCGGUGACGCGAUGGGGAUGAACAUGGUCUCGAAGGGAGUCCAGAACAUCAUGGAUUUCCUGCAGAAGGACUUCCCCGACAUGGACGUGAUGGGGAUUUCCAGCAACUUUUGCUCGGACAAGAAGCCCGCAGCCGUGAACUGGAUUGAGGGGAGGGGAAAAUCGGUCGUGUGUGAAGCCGUGAUCAAGGGCGAUGUGGUGAGGAAGGUACUCAAGACCAGUGUGGAGGCGCUGGUCGAGCUCAACAUGCUCAAGAACCUGACUGGCUCCGCAAUGGCUGGAGCCCUUGGAGGGUUCAAUGCCCAUGCCAGCAACAUCGUCACGGCGAUCUACAUUGCCACGGGCCAAGACCCAGCCCAGAACGUGGAAAGCUCUCAUUGCAUUACCAUGAUGGAAGCUGUCAACGACGGCAAGGACCUCCAUGUCUCCGUCACAAUGCCGUCGAUUGAGGUGGGAACAGUUGGAGGUGGGACUCAGCUUGCCUCGCAAUCGGCGUGCUUAAAUCUGCUCGGAGUGAAGGGGGCCAACAGAGAAGCGCCGGGGUCGAACUCGAGGCUCUUGGCCACCGUUGUGGCUGGCUCGGUCCUCGCAGGAGAGCUCUCUGAUGUCAGCUCGCGGCCGGCCAGCUCGUCAAGAGCCACAUGAAGUACAACAGGUCCAACAAGGCUGCCUCCAAGGUCUCUUCCUGAACCAUGGUUGAACUUGCCCUCUCCGCUUCAUAAAGGGCUCUCGCAUUGCCACGAAAACGAGGAAUGAACAAAAAUGAAAGGCAAAGGAAAGAAAUUGGCCACAGUUCGCCAUUGUAGUUGAAAGAGAGGUAUUCUGUUAAAAAAAAUUUCGGCCCUUUGCGAAUUCGAGUCAAUGUUGAGGGCUCUGCAUGUUGCGCACACUUGUUGAGAUGGAAGUUCAAUACAAAUUCUUUUCUUGA